AUGGCACAAUCAGUGCUGGUACCGCCAGGACCUGACAGCUUCCGCUUCUUUACCAGGGAAUCCCUUGCUGCUAUUGAACAACGCAUUGCAGAAGAGAAAGCUAAGAGACCCAAACAAGAACGCAAGGAUGAAGAUGAUGAAAAUGGCCCAAAGCCAAAUAGUGACUUGGAAGCAGGAAAAUCCCUUCCAUUUAUUUAUGGAGACAUUCCUCCAGAGAUGGUGUCAGAGCCCCUGGAGGACCUGGACCCCUACUAUAUCAAUAAGAAAACAUUUAUAGUAUUGAAUAAAGGGAAAGCAAUCUCUCGAUUCAGUGCCACCCCUGCCCUGUACAUUUUAACUCCCUUCAACCCUAUUAGAAAAUUAGCUAUUAAGAUUUUGGUACAUUCUUUAUUCAAUGUGCUCAUUAUGUGCACUAUUCUUACCAACUGUGUAUUUAUGACCAUGAGUAAUCCUCCAGACUGGACAAAGAAUGUGGAGUACACCUUUACAGGAAUUUACACUUUUGAAUCACUUAUAAAAAUACUUGCAAGGGGCUUUUGUUUAGAAGAUUUCACAUUUCUACGGGAUCCAUGGAAUUGGUUGGAUUUCACAGUCAUUACUUUUGCAUAUGUGACAGAGUUUGUGGACCUGGGCAAUGUCUCAGCGUUGAGAACAUUCAGAGUUCUCCGAGCACUGAAAACAAUUUCAGUCAUUCCAGGCCUGAAGACCAUCGUGGGCGCCCUAAUCCAGUCGGUGAAGAAGCUCUCAGAUGUAAUGAUCCUGACUGUGUUCUGUCUGAGCGUGUUUGCACUAAUAGGAUUACAGCUGUUUAUGGGCAACCUGCGAAACAAAUGUUUGCAAUGGCCCCCAGAUAAUUCUUCCUUUGAAAUAAACAUCACUUCCUUCUUUAAUAACUCAUUGGAUGGGAAUGGUACCACUUUCAAUAGGACAGUGAGCAUGUUUAACUGGGAUGAAUAUAUUGAAGAUAAAAGUCACUUCUAUUUUUUGGAAGGGCAAAAUGAUGCUCUGCUUUGUGGCAACAGCUCAGAUGCAGGCCAGUGUCCAGAAGGAUACAUCUGUGUGAAGGCUGGUAGAAACCCCAACUAUGGCUACACAAGCUUCGACACCUUUAGCUGGGCUUUCUUGUCCUUAUUUCGUCUUAUGACUCAAGACUUCUGGGAAAACCUUUAUCAACUGACAUUACGUGCUGCUGGGAAAACAUAUAUGAUAUUUUUUGUGCUAGUCAUUUUCUUGGGCUCAUUCUACCUUAUAAAUUUAAUCCUGGCUGUGGUGGCCAUGGCCUAUGAGGAACAGAAUCAGGCAACGCUGGAAGAGGCUGAACAGAAAGAAGCUGAAUUUCAGCAGAUGCUUGAACAAUUAAAAAAGCAACAAGAAGAAGCUCAGGCAGCAGCUGCAGCCGCAUCUGCUGAAUCAAGAGACUUCAGUGGUGCUGGUGGGAUAGGGGUUUUCUCAGAAAGUUCUUCAGUAGCAUCAAAGUUGAGCUCCAAGAGUGAAAAAGAGCUGAAAAACAGACGGAAGAAAAAGAAACAGAAAGAACAGUCUGGAGAAGAAGAGAAGGAAGAUGGGGUCCGCAAAUCUGAAUCUGAAGACAGCAUAAGAAGAAAAGGUUUCCGUUUUUCCUUAGAAGGAAGCAGGCUGACAUAUGAAAAGAGGUUUUCCUCUCCACACCAGUCUUUAUUGAGCAUCCGUGGCUCCCUUUUCUCUCCAAGACGCAACAGUAGGGCGAGCCUUUUCAGCUUCAGAGGUCGAGCCAAGGACAUUGGCUCUGAGAAUGACUUUGCCGAUGACGAGCACAGCACCUUCGAAGACAAUGACAGCAGAAGAGACUCUCUGUUUGUGCCGCACAGACACGGGGAGCGGCGCCCCAGCAACGUCAGCCAGGCCAGCCGCGCCUCCAGGGUGCUCCCCGUUCUGCCCAUGAACGGGAAGAUGCACAGUUCUGUGGAUUGCAACGGCGUGGUCUCCCUGGUCGGGGGCCCUUCUGCCCUCACGUCUCCCGCUGGACAGCUCCUGCCAGAGGUGAGGCCAGUGAAACCUGCAGCUUUUGAUAGUGGCACGACUACUGAAACGGAAAUAAGAAAGAGACGGUCCAGUUCUUAUCAUGUUUCCAUGGAUCUGUUGGAAGAUCCUACAGCAAAGCAAAGAGCAAUGAGUAUGGCUAGUAUUUUGACCAACACCAUGGAAGAACUUGAAGAAUCCAGACAGAAAUGCCCACCCUGCUGGUAUAAAUUUGCUAACAUGUGUUUGAUUUGGGGCUGCUGUAAGCCAUGGUUAAAGGUGAAACAUGUCGUCAACUUGGUUGUGAUGGACCCUUUUGUUGACCUGGCCAUCACCAUCUGCAUUGUCUUAAAUACCCUCUUCAUGGCCAUGGAGCACUAUCCCAUGACGGAGCAGUUUAGCAGUGUGCUGUCAGUCGGGAACCUGGUCUUCACUGGGAUCUUCACAGCAGAAAUGUUUCUAAAGAUAAUUGCCAUGGAUCCAUAUUAUUACUUUCAAGAAGGCUGGAAUAUUUUUGAUGGUUUAAUUGUGAGCCUUAGUUUAAUGGAACUUGGUUUGGCAAACGUGGAAGGAUUGUCAGUUCUCCGAUCAUUUCGACUGCUCAGAGUUUUCAAAUUGGCAAAAUCUUGGCCGACUCUGAACAUGCUGAUAAAGAUCAUUGGCAAUUCUGUGGGAGCUCUGGGUAACCUCACCUUGGUGUUGGCCAUUAUCGUCUUCAUUUUUGCCGUGGUCGGCAUGCAGCUCUUUGGUAAGAGCUACAAAGAAUGUGUCUGCAAGAUUUCCAAUGAUUGUGAACUCCCGCGCUGGCACAUGCAUGACUUCUUCCACUCCUUCCUGAUUGUGUUCCGAGUGCUGUGUGGAGAGUGGAUAGAGACCAUGUGGGACUGCAUGGAGGUCGCCGGUCAAACCAUGUGCCUUACUGUCUUCAUGAUGGUCAUGGUCAUUGGAAACCUGGUGGUUCUGAACCUCUUCCUGGCCUUACUCUUGAGUUCAUUCAGUUCUGACAAUCUUGCCGCCACUGAUGAUGAUAAUGAAAUGAAUAAUCUCCAGAUUGCUGUGGGAAGGAUGCAGAAAGGAAUUGAUUAUGUUAAAAGAAAAUUACAUGAAUUUAUUCAGAAAGCCUUUGUUAGAAAGCAGAAAGCUUUAGAUGAAAUUAAACCUCUUGAAGAUCUAAAUAACAAAAAAGACAGCUGUAUUUCCAACCAUACCACCAUAGAAAUAGGCAAAGACCUCAAUUAUCUCAAAGAUGGAAAUGGAACUACCAGUGGCAUAGGCAGCAGUGUAGAAAAAUAUGUUGUGGAUGAAAGUGAUUACAUGUCCUUUAUAAACAACCCCAGCCUCACUGUGACUGUACCAAUUGCUGUCGGAGAAUCUGACUUUGAAAAUUUAAAUACUGAAGAAUUCAGCAGCGAGUCAGAUAUGGAGGAAAGCAAAGAGAAGCUAAAUGCAACUAGUUCAUCUGAAGGCAGCACUGUUGACAUAGGAGCUCCCGCUGAGGGAGAACAACCUGAGGUUGAACCUGAAGAAUCUCUGGAACCUGAAGCCUGUUUUACGGAAGACUGUGUGCGGAAGUUUAAGUGUUGUCAGAUAAGCAUAGAAGAAGGCAAAGGGAAACUCUGGUGGAACUUGAGAAAAACUUGCUAUAAGAUAGUGGAGCAUAACUGGUUCGAAACCUUCAUUGUCUUCAUGAUUCUACUCAGCAGUGGGGCACUGGCCUUUGAAGAUAUAUAUAUUGAACAGCGAAAAACCAUUAAGACCAUGUUAGAAUAUGCUGACAAAGUUUUCACUUAUAUAUUCAUCCUGGAAAUGCUUCUCAAGUGGGUUGCAUAUGGCUUUCAAAUGUAUUUUACCAAUGCCUGGUGUUGGCUAGAUUUCCUGAUUGUCGAUGUCUCAUUGGUUAGCUUAACUGCAAAUGCUUUGGGUUACUCAGAACUUGGUGCCAUCAAAUCCCUCAGAACACUAAGAGCUCUGAGGCCAUUGAGAGCCUUAUCCCGGUUUGAAGGAAUGAGGGUUGUUGUCAAUGCUCUUUUAGGAGCCAUUCCAUCCAUAAUGAAUGUACUUCUGGUUUGUCUGAUCUUUUGGUUAAUAUUCAGUAUCAUGGGAGUGAAUCUCUUUGCUGGCAAGUUUUAUCACUGUAUUAACUACACCACUGGAGAAAUGUUUGAUGUCAGCGUGGUCAACAACUACAGUGAGUGUAAGGCCCUCAUAGAGAGCAACCAAACUGCCCGGUGGAAGAACGUGAAAGUUAAUUUUGAUAAUGUGGGACUCGGGUAUCUUUCUCUACUUCAAGUAGCCACAUUUAAGGGAUGGAUGGAUAUCAUGUAUGCAGCUGUUGAUUCACGAAAUGUAGAAUUACAACCCAAGUAUGAAGACAAUCUGUACAUGUAUCUUUAUUUUGUCAUUUUUAUUAUUUUUGGUUCAUUCUUUACUCUGAAUCUUUUCAUUGGUGUCAUCAUAGAUAACUUCAACCAACAGAAAAAGAAGUUUGGAGGUCAAGACAUUUUUAUGACAGAAGAACAGAAGAAAUACUACAAUGCAAUGAAAAAACUGGGUUCAAAGAAACCACAAAAACCCAUACCUCGACCUGCUAACAAAUUUCAAGGGAUGGUCUUUGAUUUUGUAACCAAACAAGUCUUUGAUAUCAGCAUCAUGAUCCUCAUCUGCCUCAACAUGGUCACCAUGAUGGUGGAAACUGAUGACCAGAGUCAAGAAAUGACAAACAUUCUGUACUGGAUUAAUCUGGUGUUUAUUGUUCUGUUCACUGGAGAAUGUGUGCUGAAAUUAAUCUCUCUUCGUUAUUACUAUUUCACCAUCGGAUGGAAUAUUUUUGAUUUUGUGGUGGUCAUUCUCUCCAUCGUAGGUAUGUUUCUCGCUGAGCUGAUAGAGAAAUAUUUUGUGUCCCCUACCCUGUUCCGAGUGAUCCGUCUUGCCAGAAUUGGCCGAAUCCUGCGUCUGAUCAAAGGGGCCAAGGGGAUCCGCACGCUGCUCUUUGCUUUGAUGAUGUCCCUUCCUGCGUUGUUUAACAUCGGCCUCCUGCUCUUCCUGGUCAUGUUCAUCUACGCCAUCUUUGGAAUGUCCAACUUCGCCUAUGUUAAGAGGGAGGUUGGAAUUGAUGACAUGUUCAACUUCGAGACCUUUGGCAACAGCAUGAUCUGCCUGUUCCAGAUUACCACCUCUGCUGGCUGGGAUGGAUUGCUAGCACCUAUUCUUAAUAGUGGACCUCCAGACUGUGACCCUGAAAAAGAUCACCCUGGCAGCUCAGUUAAGGGAGACUGUGGGAACCCAUCUGUGGGGAUCUUCUUUUUUGUCAGUUACAUCAUCAUAUCAUUUCUGGUCGUGGUGAACAUGUACAUCGCUGUCAUUCUGGAGAACUUCAGUGUUGCUACUGAAGAAAGCGCAGAGCCCCUGAGUGAGGAUGACUUUGAGAUGUUCUAUGAGGUCUGGGAGAAGUUUGAUCCCGAUGCCACCCAGUUCAUAGAGUUCUCCAAGCUCUCAGAUUUUGCGGCUGCCCUGGAUCCUCCUCUUCUCAUAGCAAAACCAAACAAAGUCCAGCUCAUUGCUAUGGAUCUGCCCAUGGUCAGUGGGGACAGGAUCCACUGCCUCGACAUUUUAUUUGCCUUUACAAAGCGUGUUUUGGGUGAGAGUGGAGAGAUGGAUGCCCUUCGAAUACAGAUGGAAGAGAGAUUCAUGGCAUCCAACCCCUCCAAAGUCUCCUAUGAGCCCAUUACAACCACUUUGAAACGCAAACAAGAGGAGGUGUCUGCUAUUGUUAUCCAGAGGGCUUAUAGACGCUACCUCUUGAAGCAAAAAGUUAAGAAAGUUUCAUGUAUAUAUAAGAAGGACAAAGGUAAAGAAGGUGAUGGAACACCCAUCAAAGAAGAUAUCCUCAUUGAUAAACUAAAUGAGAAUUCAACUCCAGAGAAAACCGAUGUGACACCUUCUACCACGUCUCCACCUUCCUAUGACAGUGUGACCAAACCAGAAAAAGAAAAAUUUGAAAAAGACAAAUCAGAAAAGGAAGACAAAGGGAAAGAUAUCAGGGAAAGUAAAAAGUAA